CGUUUAACCUGUCGCACCGCUGGCGUGGCGUGGAUUAGGAUGUGUAUGCAAACCGCAAAAGUUACAUCAACCACUAAUAUUUUUCUUUCUGAUUCGAUCUGCACAGUCUUCCUCGUCCAGUUGGGACCUGAUACGUUAUUUUUGUGAACGGCCAGGCUGCAAUAUUAAGAUGAAGAAGAAAACGGUGGGAAAGACGCGUCACGUCUUGGCCUGGAUGAACAAAGCAGAGUAUGAGCAUGUGCUGGAGCAUCUGUACUCCAGAGACCCCGCGCUGCAGAAACACGCACUGCACAGGAUCUCUGCGUGGAAGGGCAGGUUCGGAUACAACAUUCCAGUGGCCGUGGAGAGCACAGCAGACCUGGUUCGGUGUCAGGUGCUGGACAGCACGGGCCAGCUGGAGGCCAAUGACCUGGUGCUGCUCUAUGGCAUGGCACUGGUCCGGUUUGUCAACCUCAUCACAGAACGGCAGCAGAAAAAAAUCGCUAAACCUUUACGUCAUUUAGCCAGAAAUUUAAAUAUCCCAGAAUGGGUGGUUAACCUCAGGCACGAUCUGACGCACCAUAGACUCCCAACUCUGAAGUGGUGCAGAAAAGGUUGUGGAUUUGUCCUGGAUUGGUUGCAAAAGGAGUACUGGUCUCGCCAGCUGGGCGGUCAGCUGACUGAAGACUGGGAGUCUUCAUCAGAAGAGGAGGGUGAAGAGGAGGGGGCUAAAAGACAAGAGGGAUAUCUGCUCUUUAAACAGAGAGAGAUAGAGGGACACAAGAAAAUCAGAGAACUCCUCAUCUCUUAUGAACAAGAACAGUUUCAGACGUAUGAAGAGCUGGCAAAGCAGGGAAGACAGUGUGGAGUGUGGCCUGAUGCCAGCGCUGAUCUGAGCUGGAUCCUGACACAAAUCAAACAUUUCGCCACAGAGGCCAGAGACAUACUCAUUGAUGUAUUAGUGCAUGAUGGAUUUCUUAUUCCCACUGCAGAACAACUGCAGUCUCUGAAUAUUGACCCCUCAGAGGACUCUUUGGAUGUUUUCACCCCAUGUCUUCCUCGAGUGUUCUUGCAGUUGUGGUUGCCUCUGUUGAAGGUCCUGAAUUCAUCUGUCUUUAUUAUUCUGAUCCUGGACAAACUCUUCAAUGAGCUCUCGAACGAGCCGACCAAUCACAGAACUUACUACAUUGCUUCCUGGAUCUCAGAAAUUUUACGCUGCAAUAGCAAAAGUGAAUCGAAAGCUCACAGACGGCAGAAGAUAAUGAAAGAAAGAAUCUUCAUAAACAGAUUACAGUUUCCAUGGCGGGAUCUCAUCUCUUCAUGUGUGAAUGCACCAUGUCCAGCCACACCAUUCCUGCUACGACAGAUUUUGAGUGAUAUGGAUAAGCCCCUCCCAACCGACACACAGCAAAACCUGCUUCAGCUCUGCAGCAUCUACACGCAGUGUUACCAUGGAGACUCUUCCCCUGAACCCUCAGACCCUGCUCAGCCUGUCUACACCUUACAGAGCCUUCAGGAGAGGCUCGUUGGUGACACGUCACAGAACAGGGACACCCCCGCUUCUAACCGCACCCCUGCAUCUCUGCAGGCUCCGCCCAUGGAGGAGCUCCAGGAAAAGCUAAGCCCAGAAACUCUACAGGAGAGAAACUCUGCGUUAAGAGGAUCAGCUUGGAGCGUGUGCACAGCUGAUUUUCUUGUCACAUCAGAUAAGGUCCCCUGGAAACAGUAUCCACUAGGGAAGGUUCCUGGACAAUCUGAGGACCCCUCCUGUUUGAUGGUGGAGUCACAUUCGACAUUUACUGUGUUCGACCAGCAGGUGGAGCUUGAUCAACUCCCCCAGCACCAUGGCAACAGGAAUGUUCCACUUCAGAGUAGAGGGCCCACUGGAUCAGAAGGACCUCUUUGGACUCACAGUGAUCUAAGCAAACUCAAAGCUGGACUCACACUGUUUUAAUACACGUACCCAAAUAACACUUGCUUCUGAUGUUCAGUAGCCUGAAGUUACGCUCAGCUGCCAUCCCUGAACUACGAACCCUGUCCAGGCACACACAUGGAUCAUGUUAAAAACACUUGGGGGCAAAGUUGGACUCAUGCUCUUCUAGAUCAACUCCUCUCUGGCCCUUCUCUCUGACAUUAUGAUGCUGUUGUGUUUCACAAUUCGAAACAUGAACAUGUUUUUGUUUUAUAAUUCAAUGUUUGUUAAUGAGAGGAGGAAUAUCAGCUGUCUAUCUUCCCUUAAUAUCUUAAUUUACGUCGCCGGCUGCAAGUUUGCUUCUUUGUCUUGAUUAAGUCCUACAGUGUGCUGGUUUAAACUGUUUGAAAAAUGGUAAAAAUGUAAUGGUAAUAGUAUAUACAGUUUAUAUAAAUUACAAAAACUUUUUGAACUUAAAAACAUGCAAAAAAAAAAAAUGUGUAUUGUGCAUUUAUCUCAGUUCUAUGCCUCUGUUUGGGACAAAAAUAUAGCCAUCUGCUUUCUAUUCAGGUCCUUGAAUAAUAAUAUCUAUCCUUAUGGACCCCUGUUGUCUGUCGUAAUCCCUUACUCUCUAUAUUGUUCCUUUUUUGGAAAAUUGUGGAAGAGUAAUGGUGCCUUUCUGUUUCCUUACACUAUUGGAACAAAUGGGAAUGCACGUAUACAGAAAUUAACCCUGCUAUAGUUUAUUUCCCUGUUCUAAAUCCGGAAAUGUGAAAAGGGUUCAUUCCCUUUUUUGAGUGGACAGGAGAGUGAGAAUUGUUUAAUGAUAUGACCACUUCAACCAAUAGUAAGUAGUUAGCGUCAUGCACAAUCAACCAAUAGGAACACAGGCAUGAUAACAGUUAACCAAAUAGAGUCUGGCUUUAUUGAGAGAAACAAACACCUUUUGUCAUUGAGACUUACAUUUUGUUUGAGUCCACAGACCCAAAGCAUUAUAAAAUUUUUCCCCCUUUUUCACGUUUUUUUUCUUUCAAUUUUCUUGGUUCACGUUUUUGUCAUAUUUAAAACAAGUUCAAAAGCAACAUGUUUCAUUCAGUAGAGAGUAAAACAUACUAUUGUAUGUCAUCAUCACAGCACUAGACUCAAAAGUGUUAAGACCACUCGGUCAACCUGCGAAAGCGCGAAAAAACCCACGAUACAAGGGGAGGAAAAUGUUAAAUGAACAGCAAAACUUGAAUUUAAGAACACAUUUUCAAGAUCAUCCACACUACUGCACAAAUUGCCGCAAUUAGCAUUUUAUAAGAGCAAACAUCAAGGAUAAUUUCUUUCAUAAAGGAUUUGUAGUAAUACUGCUGUUAGUUCCUGAGAAUCAAUGUGUUGAUGAGAGUGUGUUUGUGUAAGUGAGUUAUAGCUGGUGUAGUUCAGUAUUGAAAAUAUACAUUUAAAUGUACAGAUUACAUCAGCUCUGCAGCCAGUGACCUUAGAAAUCCUACUGAGCAAUCUUGUGAGAAAUGCCCAUCUAAGAUUGUUGCUUUUUUCCUUUGGGCAUGUUCAUUUGUCCUGUAGCUUCUCUUUCUUGGACAUUCUAGACACACUUCAUCUAAAAAUCAGCCAGUCCAUGAAGUGUACUGAUUUGAGAAUGACUUGAGAUUUGAAAUUACAAGCAGGACAGAGAAACAUCAUCAUCAUUUAUCGUUUGCACUUUGGCUUGGUGGGAAAUACGAGCAAGAAGCAAAGUGCUCAAUGCUGUACAGUCUGUGCUCGACUCGCAAAACAAAAGAGGUUCAAACUGUAAGGCAGGUUACGAGGUGUGUAUGUUCAUAUUUGUGUGGACAUCUCUCAGUACAAGAGCUCAAAUUUCACUGGUGAGAGAACGUGUGUGUGUGUGUGUGUGUGUGUCAACUUCAAGUUAAUCAAACUCACUUCCUUAUUGGCUAAAGUAUUUUUGUUUUUACAAUAUUGUGCAAAUUCCAUCAAACUGAAGUUUCAUCAUUAACCUGCAAUGGCACCUCCAUGUCUGUAGAUGUAUCUGUAGAAGGUAAACUAUGUUACAGGUGAAACAGCUGUGAAUUUACCAUAAAUUCACACUAGUGCACACACAAUAGUCAGCCAUUUACAUUAAAUCAAUACUAAUGAUAGCAUGUGAUCACUUAAACUGACUGGUUGUCAAGGCAACCCAUUGAGUCUAUUUGUGUCUGUUUGAGAGAUCCUGCUCUGAUAAGCUGGUAGAUUUAGAUUGUAGGGUGUCUGUGUAAGCAAAAUGCACAAAUACUGUGCAAAUAUAAGAGGUUUGACAUUAAUUGCAAUAUUUACAAAGAGAAAAAUAUAUUAGGAGCACACUAAUACAGUCAGAAUGUGUCUCUCCUGAAUCUAUACCUUCAACAGAGAAAGAGUAAAUUAUAUAAAUCCCCGUCCUAAAUCCUCCAGCCAAACAGAAAGGAAGUUUAGCUUCAUUGAGAUAAACUAUCACUUUCCAAAAUAAUCUAGAAACAGAUACCUUAAAUCUGCAUGUUGCAUAUUACAUAUUGAGGCAUGGAAAAGUUGAGAGAGAGAGAAAGAGAGAGAGAGAUCCCUGUCUGUAGUGCUCUGCCUGGCAGGAAAUAAGCCAUCUCUAUGGGCUACUCAAGUGACACACGGUAUCACUGACAUUAUGGCAUUAUAUUUCUUUAUCCCUUUUUUUUAUUUUAUUUUUUGUAAAAACUAAGCUUUUUUCUUUUUUUUUUUUUUUUUUAAAUAUAUAGCUAUAUA